AUGGAUGAUAACUUUAUCCGCCAUCGGCUCAGAGAGUUUGGUACUGUAGAGGACAGCCGUUUCCUUACCUAUGCGAACCAAGGUUUCCCUGAAAUCCUGACCGGUACUAGGCAGUAUCGUAUGAAGAUCACAAAGCACAUCCCGAAUUCUAUCCGUAUCGGCAGUGAACUUGUGACCUUUAGGUACAACGGACAGCCGAGGAUCUGUCACCGCUGUGGUAGUGACGAGCAUUUUGUCGCCGCUUGUACAGCCGUUAAGUGCACCCGCUGUUUUGAGAUUGGUCACUUAGCCACCGAUUGUGACCAAGACAUCAAAUGUAACAUCUGUGGAGGGGAAGGUCACUCUGCAAGGUCGUGCCAACUAAGCUUUGCAAACAGGCUGAACGUCACCACUAGCUGGACCAAGAUCACCCCUACACAGCAGAACGACAAGAGUGUAAAGAAACCAGUUACACCUGGUGAAAACGAGUAUACCAGUCAGAGUUCAGUACAGGACAACACACCGACAGUCCCUAAGGUGGUGGUGAGUACGGCUGAGCCCCAAAACGGAGUGGUGAGUACGCCUGAGCCCCCAAACGGAGUGGUGAGUACGCCUGAGUCCCCAAACGGGGUGGUGAGUACGCCUGAGUCCCAAGACGGGGGUAAAGAGCCGCCAGACGGUGAGACUGACAUGGAGGAUGCAGAGGACUUGGUCACCAGCCAAACUAACGGCCUCCUUCUCAAAUUAGACGACUCAGGGGAUAUCAGCGCCGAAUACGAAACAGACGAAGAGAGUGUCAACAAACGACCUCUCCCUUCAAGCCAGAGCGACUCCGAUGACUCGGACACCUCUGCAAGACGAACCGGAAAGGCAACUGGUAAAAAGAUAAAGAAAGACGCAGAUGCAAGUCCUAGCGAGUCUGAUGACUCGGACACCUCUGCAAGACGAAACGGCAGGGCAGUUGAAAAAAAGUCUAAAAAAGAUGCAGACGAGAAGGGGACAAUUAAAACGCUCCCUUCUCCUGGUAAAGCCUUAGUGUCUUACAAGACCAAAGUUGUCCCUUCAUCUUCCUUACGGAAGAAAGGUAGGAAGGGUCCUAAGUAA